UCCCGCAGCUAGAGUACUAGUUCCCCGCAGCCGCAGCAGGCGGCGGCAGCCAGCGCCCCCGCUCACCGCACCACUGCCUCCACGAUUCCGCUCCCGCUCCCGCUCCCGCUCCCAGGCAAGCAAGCGCUCGUCGCCCGACGCCUGCCCGCGUUCUCCAAUUGUUCAGUCGAAAGAUUUAUGCUGGCGUAGCCUCACACCUGCAUCGAUUGUUGCGGGGAUUUCUUUGGCUCAGCUGGAGAUUCUGGAUUUGCAGCUUCUGUUGCUCAGGCCAUCAUUAUACAAGAUUGAGAAUCAGCAACGACUGCAGGAAGAUGCUGAAGAAAUUGCUGCCAAAGACUAAGAGCAAGAAGAAGAAGGAGGCAGCCUCCUCUGCGAUACCCACGUUGGAUCGGCUCCAUGAGACUUUAGAAAUGCUGGAGAAGAAAGAGCGUUUCCUUCAGAAAAAGUGUUCUGCUGAAAUUGAAAAGGCUAAGGAUUAUACAAAAUCGAAGAACAAGAAUGCUGCAAUUCAGUGUCUAAAGAAAAAGAAGCUGUACGAGACACAAAUUGAGCAGCUAUCGAAUUUUCAGUUGCGAGUUCAUGACCAGAUUAUAAUGCUUGAAAGUGCAAAGGCAACUACUGAUACUGUUGAUGCUUUGCGCUCUGGAUCAUCUGCUGUCAAAUCUAUUCAGCAAUCACUGAACAUCGAUGACAUUGAAAACGCCAUUGAUGAGGCAAACGAACAGACAGAAAACAUGAGGCAGAUACAAGAGGCACUUGCAACGCCAGUUGGUGCUUCUGCUGAUUUUGACGAGGAUGAGCUAGAAGCAGAGCUGGAAGAUCUGGAGGAGGAAGAGCUUGAGGAAGAGUUGCCCGAACCACCAGCGAGGAUACCUGCGCCUGUGGAACCAUUAGCGAAAGCAGCAUCCUCGUCUAGGCAAGGCAGUGAUUUGAGUGAACUGACAAAACUUCAGGCAGAGAUGGCACUUUAGUUGUAGCUUCUAGCUUUUGCGCUGACAUUGGGAGGAUUGGCGACAUUGCAAUCUCUCUGUGUUCAUCGAUAUCGUGCCAUCCUGGUGCUUACUUGGUGUGAAUGCUGUAAAUUCAGGUUGUUGUACCACCUAGUUAGUUUGUACUGUAGCAUGGUGUUUUGAUCAGGAUUCUGUUUUGAUCAUGUAGGCGUGGCAUUGAAAAGCUUUAUUUGCCUGGAGUGUGUUUUCUGCUUGGGAAGGCGCUGCAAAUGGAUGGAAAAGGAAGCACCUUACUCUGACAGUGAGAAAAAUAUAUCUGUCGAUAGACGGAUGGAAAAGGAACCGCUAAAUUCCGUUCCGACUCUGCCGCCGUUGGACGGCUGAUUUGGAUCCGAUACGGUGCCGGUUGCGGGCGCGAGGCGAUCCCAUAUAUUUGGCUGGCGCUUCCCGCGUUCCCUUAGCUUGUUUUGGGAUCUGCUUCGAUCGCGAUGGAGGCCGGUGAUGGUGACCUGAAGAAGAGUAAGGAGGCGAUGGUGGUGAGCUUGAUGCUCAGGCUCAGCCAUCCGGGAUUGGCAACGGCAAGGACACAAGGAAGAAGAAGCUGGUGGUCAAGAAUGUUGAAAUAUACGAUGUAUACUUGGAAUAUUCUAGAAGGUUUUGAGAAUCACGAGAGAUUUUGACAUGCAUAAGGAUAAGAUCAUGGCAAAGUAUGAAGGUUCCAGAAGACUUUGGAGAUGUCAAGAGCUUAGAGUUGCUAUGCUUCAUGACAACUUAUGAAUACUCUAGAACAAAAUAUUUAUAUGGUAGGAUAAGGAUAAGAGAAAGUUCUAGAGUUAGAUAUUUGUAAAGAAGAGUGUGGAAGUUACCACAUGGCAACACCACAAGGACCAUGAUCACAUAUAAAUAGAGGUGCUCCUCUUCCUCCUAGCCAUACCAUGGCAUAAGAGGUCUCAAGUAGGAGAUUGCAAGGUAGCCAUGUAGUGUAGUGGUGUCAUAGUAGGAUAGCUACACAAAGAGUGUGCAAGUGAGUCUUGUAUCAAAUUGAGUAGUGAAUAAAAGUUUGAGUUUUCUUGUAGAGAGUUGGUCUUCCGCAUUGGUUUCAGUACGAAGGUCUUCUUGAAGUAGUGUGGGUAAGAGUCUACAAAAGAAGUGGUAGCAUAUUAUUUUGGUGCUACGUUUAGAAAGUCGGUGUCAAAUUUAGGGUCCCGAUUUCUCAACAAAGAAGAAGUUGAAGCAGGAGCUCAUUGACCUAAUCCUCAAGGAUCCCUUUGAGCCUUUGGGAGACAAUGACGAUGACGAGGUCUUGGGAAUGUCGGAGCCUUACCGCGCCUGCCAUGCGAAAACUAGGGCUGUCCUUUAGGCGCUGGCGGAGUUCGACGCGGUCAUCAUCAACCAGUACCAAGCCAAGGGCUACGCCAAGUACCAAGCCAAGGGCUACGCCAAGGUCGAUAUGCUCGUCACCGACAAUGGUGAAUUGUGAUGAAGUAAUGAAUAAAUUGAUUUUUUUUUCUUGUGUGACAUACCAUCACAAUUCAUGCUUGAUUCACUACUGAAUAUUUUUUUGACGGGCCCUUUGCUG